AUGUUCAACUGGGAUAAACUCCUCUCGCCGAAACCGUCUCUAGACGUCCCUGCUCUAGAGACGGUUGAUCUCAAUGACAAAGAGAUGGAGAAGCGCAUCGUGAGGAAACAAGAUCUUCGAAUCAUGCCGUGGGUUUGUAUAACAUAUCUUCUGAACUACCUCGACCGAGUCAACCUCGGAAACGCACGCACUCUCAACAACGACUCUCCAGAGCACAACAUCGUGCAGCAGCUAAACCUCACUGGCCAGAAGUACAAUGUCGCCGUGGCUCUCUUCUUCGUGCCCUAUGUCAUGAUGGAGUUCCCCAGCAACAUCCUCCUCAAGUACUUCUCUCCGAGUAAAUGGAUUGCCCGUAUCAUGGUAUCAUGGGGUAUUGUGACAAUCUGCACGGCUGCAGUUUCGACAUACGCGGGGUUGUUGAUCGUGAGGAUCUUCCUCGGUUUGGCAGAGGCUGGUUUCUUCCCUGGUAUUAUGAUGUAUCUCUGCUUUUGGUAUAAACCCGAGGAGCGAGCUACGAGAAUGGCUAUCUUUGCGUCAAGUGUUGCUGUUGCGGGUGCUUUUGGUGGUAUUCUCGCCACGGGUAUUUCGUUCCUUAACGGCAAGGCUGGUUUGGCUGGUUGGCAAUGGCUCUUUGUGCUUGAGGGCAUCCCCGCCGUCAUUGUAGGAGUCCUAGUAUGGUUCUUCCUCCCUGAUUACCCUCAAACCGUCUCAUGGCUCUCCCCCGAAGAGCGCGCCUUCGCCGUCAAGCGUCUCGGCCCCUACGCGCCCUCCAUGAACGACAAGCACUGGGACAGCAAAGUCGCCAAGAAAACUGUGGCCGACCCUUUCUUCUGGCUCUUCGCCAUCGCCUACUUCCUCAUGACCAACUCCCUCAACGCAUUCGGAUACUUCGCGCCGUCCAUUGUCGCGUCGCUCGGCUUCUCGGGCUACAAAGCGCAGCUGCUUACUGUGCCCCCGAAUGUCUUUGCGCUGUUCAUCAUCGUGGGCAAUUGUCUGCACAGUGACAAGACCAAGGAGCGCUCGAAGCAUGUCAUCGCCGGGUUGACUUUUGUCUCGGUGGGAUAUCUUCUUCUUGCUGUUGUUAAGCACUGGGGUGUGAGGUAUUUCGCAGUGUGCAUCAUUGCGUGCACCAAUGCUGCUGUCCUCCCCUUUGUCGCCCACCGAACUGCCACCGUACGAGGCUCAACCGCCACUGCUCUUGCGACAGGAGGCAUGAUCGCCAUCGCCAACACGGGCGGUAUCACAGCUCCUUUCCUGUUCCCUUCCAGCACAGGACCUAUGUACUCUAUGGGCAACUGGACCGUCUUUGCGUUCCUCAUCGUGGCUGCCUGUAUCACAGGAUACGUGUGGUAUGUGUUUGGAAACCACAGCGGUUACCGCACUGGUGAUGCUACGGAGACGGGCAACUUUGAGGUUCUUGACGUUGGUGACAAGGAUCCUAACCAGGUUAUGGAUCAGGCCAUGGAGAAUGAGAGGGCCAAGGAUAAGUUGAAGGAUAUUGACAUGGCUUAA